AUGGCAGGCGGUGCGACAUCCACAGUUCAUCGUAGAAAGGUGACUAUUGGGGCUGCUAUAGCCAUAACUCACCGCAACACUUUCUCGAUGUCUCAAGCUCGUGUCUGGUUAAUAACUGGUGCCAACUCUGGCAUUGGACUGCGCCUCGCUUUACAUGCUCUUUCAAACGGCGACAAGGUCAUCGCGGCUGCUCGUAAUGUUUCCAAGUUGCCCGCAUCUCUCGCUCAAGCGACCGCUCUUGCACUUGACCCUGGCUCGUCGCGUCGCGAUAUCAAGACGGCCGUGGCGUCGGCUCUAUCUAUUCAUCCGCGCAUCGAUGUCUUGGUCAAUAUGGCUGGCUAUGGUCUCUCCAGCCCUGUCGAGUACCUAGAUGAGAAUGAACUCAAAGACCAGUUCAACGUGAAUGUAUUUGGUCCCAUAUCCAUCAUCCAAGAGAUUCUUCCCACUAUGCGCGCUCAGAAGUCCGGGCAUAUCCUGAAUGUCUCUUCCAUCGCAGGUUUCGCGGGAAGCCCUCCCUUCGGUGCUUACAAUGCAAGCAAAGCUGCUCUUGACGCGUUCACGGAGACCCUCGACCGUGAGGUAGAGCCUUUUGGCAUCCGUGCGCUGUCGAUCGUCCCGGGAUAUUUCCCGACGAAUUUCUUGAGUACUGCUCUGGCUACCUACAAGCAAGAGCGUGUCGGCGAAUACACCCUUCCGCAGCAGGGGUACGGCGCCUUCGAGAAGUACCAUCAAGCUCACAUGGAUCAAGGCCAGAUCGGAGACGCAACAAAAGCGGCGGCGCGGAUAUAUGAGAUCGUCGUUCUCGGACCCGGGAAGGGCGCCAAACGUGAAUGGGUGCGCGUUCCGCUUGGUCCCGACUGCGCUUCGCGCAUGAAGGCUAAGAUCACGGUUUUGCGUGAGUCUGUUGAUGCUUACGAGCCUAUAUGGAGCUCUACGGAUGUGGAGAAGGAGAGACUGCAGGAAUUUGCGUAG